UUUUUCCAAGUUUAUUUUUCUUUUCUUUAUUUUUAGAUAACAAUUCCUAAUUCUCUUUGAACAAUUAUUGUUAAUAAUGUAUAUGCCUAUUGUUCUUGGACCUGACCCGAUUAUGGUUCAAUGUCCAAACUGUAAUCAAAAUACAGCAACUAGACUUAAGUAUGUUAAUGGUAGUUAUACUUGGUGUAGUUGUAUUGGGAUACUAAUUCUUGUUUGUUUUGUUGGUGUUGCUCAAACCUUCAGAUGUGCAAAGAGUCUUAGCGACCUUAUAUUCUGUUCUAUUUUUUUUUCUAUUAUUGGGUUUCCAUUUUGCUUUUGUUCGGUUCUUCCAUUCGUCUUACACAUUUGUAAGGAUGUUGAACAUUACUGUGGUAGUUGCAACAAUUAUAUUGGAAAAUAUUUUCGUGGCAAUAGAAGCCCUGCAAUUGUAUUACCACCUCAAUAA